AGCAUCGUCGUCCCCCGCUCCCCAAACCCCAACCGCUCGAAUCCGGACUCCAUCUCCCUCCCUUCCCUCCCCGCCCAGUCGCCAAACCCCGGUUGGACACCUCCUCCCAAGCCUCCAUCCGCUUCCUUCAAAAUCCCCACCCAUGGCGCCCUGAACCGAACCGCACCAAGGCCCCACGCAUGGGUCUCGCGGAGGCGGCGCGCGCGCGGCUGCUGGCCGUGCUCCGGCCGUGGCUGGCGGCGGAACCGGGGGAGCUGCGGGUGGAGCUGGGCCCGCUCCGCUCCCGCGCCUUCGCGCGCGGGCUCGAGCUCGACGCCUCCGCACUCGCCGUGCCGGACUCCGUCCCCGCCAGGGUAGACCGAGUGGGCAUCGCAGAAGUCGAGCUCGCCGCCUCGCCCUGGGCAGCCCCAGCGCUCGCCGCCGUCGUGCGAGGCGUCGAAGUCUCCCUCACCCUCAGGGAGCCCGCGCCUCGGAAGCGGUGGCCAGACAUCAGUGAAUGGGUCUCCAAGGAGAAGAAGAGAGUGAUCACAUCCAUGGAUCCUCAGGGUGAAAUGUUGCAUGAGAUGAUUGAAGCGCUAGUCAGCUCCCUGGAAGACAAGUUUACCUCAGUAUUUUCCACUGCACUUCUAAACUGUAGUCAGGUGCGGCUUCAUGAUGUCACAAUACAAGUUCGAUAUCUCGAUGACUCCCAUGUUUUGAUAUUAAGGGCAACCGACUUACUGUGUGGUCCUGAGCUUGUCUCUCGCAGUACUCUAUUCAGAGGAUUAUUUGGGUCUUCUAUAUCAUAUAGAAAGAAGAAUCGCCUUCUUAUUAAAUGUGAUGAUUUUGAGUUUAUGUUGAAGGAGAAUGAUCGUACAGAUUGCAGUGCAUCUUUUACUGGCCUAUCUGCUUGUGUUAAACUGGACUAUCUCCAACUUGCUGCUUUUAGCAUUCAUGUUCCUGAUGCACGCUGGAAAAUUUCACCAAAAGUUAUUCCUUCACUGAUGGUAAUAUUGGAUAUUACAAGCCAAAAGGAAGACUACAGGGUUAGGAGUGGUAGAGAGCUUUGGAAAAUUGCUGUGCGGAAGCUUGACAGCUCAGUAGUACGCCACAGAUUUUCUUUAAACAAGGCAUUAAGCUGUGCUACUUUCUGGCGGCGCUAUGUUCAUGCUUAUGUAUUGCUGUUAUCAUUAGUUGGAUAUCCCUCUGACAAGGUUAUAAUGAAGAAUUGCAGUAGGGUGUCAAGGAACAGGAAAUUCUUGGGAGCUAUCAGAUAUCAUUGGAAAAAUGUUAUUGAGUUGGAGGAGAAUGUUCCUGUAGAAGCUAUUGCUAGAGCACGGCGUGCUGCACGUUCAAAGCUUACCAUGUCACAGCAGCACAGUAAGCAAGAGUCAUCAAAAUCACUUCUGUUCUGUUCUAUCAUGAAAGUUCUCUCUCCUUUUUUAUGUUUAUGGAGGUUUCUUGUAUCCAUAUUCUGGUCAAUGUGGAGAAGUGUGGGCUCGGGAAACCAAGGAUUUAGAUCUGGUGCACAUGUUUUUCCUGUUUUUUCUCAUGAAUCAGACAUGGAUUUUGAGCUCAGUAUCCACCUUGAGGAACUCUCCAUAACCUUGUUACCUAUUGCUGAUUAUUUCACUGGUACAAAAAGGUUAAACAGAGGAAACAAGACUUGUCCCAUUGAUUUACCUUUGGCACAUGUUGUAAUGAAAACAUCAUGCUUACUUUACUCAGCUGGUUGCACCACACAAUCGUUGUUUUUCGUAGUUGGGGAACUGAAGACUUUACUUUCUGCUGUCCCAAAGCUGUCACAAGUGGAUAAUAGUAACACUCCUACAAGGAAUUCAUCUUUUGGAACACCUGAGUUUGCUGAAGAUCCCGAUUCAAAGAUGGUCCUUUGGACUGACUCUGCUAGUAUGCGCCCAUUUUCCGGAAAACAAUCUGAUGAAUUUUCUCACAGUGAUGAUUCGUCCGCUGCCCUUAUUCAAAGCUGCAUGGAGGACCUGUGGGCAGAAUGGAUGGUAAUUAGCACUUCAUACAAUGAAUCUGGUGUGUCGCAUAAUGAAAUGCCUUGUGUUAUUUUUGGAUUUAAAUCAUGUGUCGUUGAUCCAUACAAAACCACAAGUGGUUUUCAGCAAUGUAUAUUUACAGUUGGGAGAUUAAACCUUGAUUUGGAUUAUGUGUGUGCUGCGUCAACGUAUAUGUUGUAUACACAGUUCACUCACUACAAACAGCUGAAAGAGCCAAUCGAAUGUUUUUCAGACCUUUCAAACAGUGGUGGUGCCUGUGUAACACCUACAAGUGGAGUUGUUGAUAAAUUGAGGUCAUUCACUCAGAGAAUAAAGAUCGUGUUGUCUGAUGCCAUUCCAGAAAAUACCCUUAAGGUUGCAGUACUGGUUGCUGGUCCAAGUAUCCAGUUAAACUUUGAUAACAAUAAUUUGUUGCAAAAUAGCAAAAAGAUGUAUGUGCCCCUGUUUUCUCAGAUGAAUAACAAGGCCAGCAUAGUUCUCAGUCUGGCGUAUGUGGAAUGUGCUAUGUGGCCAACAUCUCUAUCUACUCCCCUGAGAUCUAAUUCACAUGUCAAAGAACCACAUAAUAUGUUUGGUAUGAAGGAGGUGCAAGAACCUCCUUAUCUCGCAACAGAAAGUAGUGCAAAACAUGUUUAUCCAGGAAAUAUUGUGUCGGAUGCUUGCUUCAAAUUUGCUGGUUUAACCCUUCUCAUAGAUAAUUUAGAGGCCAAUCAGAAGUGUAACAUUUUUGGACCCUUGUCUGCCAAUUUCCAGCUGUCAAUGAGCAGGAAGUAUGUGCAUUCCUUCUUUGUAAGCAGAAAUAUUCUGUCAUUGAACUUAGGAGGAGCAAUUGUUGGCUGUAAAGCUUUGGUCUACAUGGAUGAAUUGUUCACUGUUUGCCAGCUCAUCGAAAGCAUGCCUUUGGUGGCAUUGAAUUCUGACUUGGCACAAUUUAAGUAUUCCCAAGAUUUUAUUGGAAGGCUAGCAUCGUUUUGCAACAGAAGUGUGAAGGGGAGCACAACAGAUCUUGGUGUCGAUCAUAUUUUGCAGGAAGAAUCAAUCGACUCUCACACAGAACUCAUGGUUGAAUUGGAUCUUGAGUUGGAAUCAACAUACAUAAUCUUCAGUACUUCACGGGGUGGACUUGUCCCAAAUCCUGCUCUGUUUGUCAACAGUACCAUAAGCUACAUUACCAUCUCACCUAUAUUCGAGGGCAUAGCAGCACAGGAAUUGCUUGACAUGUUAACUUUGGGUGUUGGGUUUUGCAUCAGAAGUUCUUCUUUGAAAUUUCUGCUUGGUGGACCAUGUGCAGGCAUCCUUGUUAAUUUCAGUGGAAUUCAGUCUGUGGUUUGUGAGAACCAAGUUGAAUACUCAACCAUGCUUAGUAGUUUACCAUAUAACAAGAACCAGUUCAUUAUAACGGAAUUCAUCUUUCAUCUGCGUGUUGGCCCCACUAAAGACAGCUUGACCAAUGAAAAAGUGCAAGCUGAAUCUAGAAGUGGCCACGCUUCUGCUUCUUUGGGAAUUUGGUAUUCUAUUGAAACUGAAUUAACAGAGGUCUAUAUUGGAGACUACAGAAUUCACAAUUAUUUAAAUGAAGUCAAUCAACCCCGUAAACAGAAAAUAUCUCUGUUGAUCCAUGAUAACCAGAUUUUUAAAUGCAAAAUCCAGGGUGGCUUUAUCUUUUUGGAAACACUGUUCCUAGCUAAGUUACUUUUAGGUUGUAAAAUUUACUCGUGGCUGCUUAUGGAAAUCCCAUUGUGGACAACUACAGACUUAGCCAAAGAUUCAGUAACUUCAGCCUCUGCACGAAGUGAUCCUAAUGUGAACACAUAUACAGAGAGGGACGUUUCACCUCUGUCUCUAGGUGUUCAUUCACAAACUGAGGAAUCCCAAUUGAAUGUUGUCAAAUAUCUAGAUGUCGAUUUAUCAAGAUUUUCUCUGACUCUUGCAAUUGCGGAUGAAUCCGAUUCAUAUCAGGGAUUAACUCUUGAAGUUGAUGCGGGUCUUCAGCUAUUGAAUUUUGGCACGAAGAUUUCGUUUGAAGUUAAGCGCCUUUCGAUCUCCACCAUUAGUAGUAUGCACAAGCAUGCUCAUGAACAAUUAAGAGAUGUACCGGAACCCCGUUUUCGGUCCAGCAAGUCUGUUGCUCUUCCAUCUCAGCCUGAAAUUCAAGAAUAUCUUCCAUUUAUAGAAGCAGACAACGUGCUUACCCAUGAUCAUGAUGCUCCUUCAACUUCAACUUCUGUAGUGGAAAGUUCAACAGGAAGCAAAUCACUAGAGUUUUCUUCACAUAAGAGUUAUAUUCUCAGCCAUUUCUCUACUUCUCUUAAGAUUGAGAGAAAAAAAUUGGAUGGAGAUUCUACCUUGAUUUGUUUAAAUGGUGAUUGGUUUGGAAAGGGUGUUGUUUCUGGUUUGGAGGUGGUAAUGUCGUUAUCAAGCAUUGAGAUGAUCACGUCAUUACUUGCUCCAUUUCAUGGAAUGCUGGGUUCUGCCUCAACUAAGAAGGAAAUACAUGUUGGUGACACUGCUCAACGAGAACAGACGGAAAGUGUAGAUUAUACUAUACCUGAUGGAGCAAUCGUGGCUAUACAGGAUCUUGAUCAACAUAUGUUUGUAUCAGUCAAAAACACUGGAAUGAAUUAUCAAGUGGUUGGUGCAUACCAUUAUUCCCUUGCCGGUGAACACGCUUUAUUUAAGGUGAAACACCAUAAGAGAUGGAGGUCAGACACACCAUAUAUUUCUCUUUUAUCUUUACAUGCAAAAAAUGAUGAAGGAAAAGAAUUGGCCCUUAGUUUCUCUCAAGGAUCAGAUUUGGUUGAAAUUUCUUCAUUUGUUGACAAGCCUUGUUCACUUUGGAGCAUCUAUCCUCUCGGGUUUGAUAGUUUUGAUGAUGACGAUGAUGACAAUAAAUCUUGCAAGGUUGUUUCAAGUAGUUCUUACCAUCUUGUCAACAAGAAAAACAAUUAUGGCAUUGCAUUUGUUGAUGGCUUGCUGGAGUUUGUGAAAAAGCCAGGAAAUCCAUUUAAAUUGAAGGUUUUGGACGAAUCUCUAUUCUCUGAUGUUGCAAGGCUUGGUAUUCCCAAUAUGAACUUGAACAGUAACUCAUACUUAGACGUGGAAGAUGAGUUGCCUUCUGCUAUGAGGGAUAGGUUGGAAACUGGUGCAAGUUCACAACAUGUAACCAUCAGUAUUGAUAAGAUUGUUUUUAUCAUCACCCAUGAAGUGUUUGAUACUGGUAAUAUUUUUCCACUUGUCCAAAACUGCAUAAGUGAUAUCCGUGUCGUCACACAAAUAUAUCCAUCCAAGAUAAGAAUUCUAAGUUCAUUCAAAGUCUCAGGGCAGUACUUCGAUUCACGAAGAAAUCUAUGGGAGGACCUUAUCUCACCUAUCACUUCCUAUGUGUUCCUUCGGUUUAGAUUUUUCAAUCAAGACCCAGUUACUAGGUGCAGCAGAACACCACUCCGUUUCUUCUUUCAUUUAAAGCAGGUGGAUAUAUUUAUUAAUGAGCUUUCAGUUGACAUCCUGCUUUAUUUGGCUGGGAAGUUAGACUUGAUGGGUCCAUAUGCUGUGAGAAGCUCAGCUAUUUUUCCUAAUUGCUGCAAGAUAGAGAACAACUCAAGGCUGACACUUGUAUGCCAUUUUCAAAAUAAUGGGGAUGCAAUAGUUCCUGGACGGCAGUCAACUUCAGUUUUCUUGAGGCAUUUAAUAUUUGAUGAUGAUCGCCCACAUGAAGAAAGUUUGGUUUCUAUUUCUUUACUCAAGGAAGGGGCAUUUUCAACUGCUCCAAUUAGUAUCUCUCUCCAAGAGUCUGGCAUCUUUGCAUGGAGAACCCUUGCAUCAUCUCUCAAAGGUUCAAGAAGCUUCUCUGGACCAUUUGUUGUGGUUAAGGUGUCCCAGGAUUCUGUGGAAGGUUUAUCUCUUUCAGUUCAACCUUUGUUGAGGAUAUGUAAUAAGAGUGACUUUCCCCUGGAACUUCGGUUUCAGAGGCCAAACAAAGCUAAUGAAGAAGCAGCAUUUGUCACAGUUAGAAGUGGAGACAUGGUUGAUGAAUCUACUGGAGUAUUUGACGCUAUGGAUUUAUCUGGAGGAUCCAAAAGAGCAUUGAUGUCUCUAGCUCUUGGAAAAUUCAUGCUGUCAAUUAGACCUGAGAUCUCUGAACAUUUGAAAAAUUUGGGCCAUGUAAUUCUGGUGAAAUGGUCAGAAGACAUAGCCGGUGAAAAAACUGUUCGCAUAUCUGGUGUUAUGGAAAAACUUAAUUAUAACCUACGAAAAGCCUUGAGUAUUGAUUCCGUGAAGUCUUCUUUCAGCUCUUUGAGUUGCCCUGUUUCUGUUGAUGGCCAGAAUGUAACAGAUCUUCAUUUUUUAAUUCAUACUCUGGGUAGAGAUGUGCCUUUACAGCCUACAAAUGGUACCCAUGUCUCUGGCAGGAGUGCACCAGUGGCAUUACAGUUCCAGAGAGAAAUUUUCAUAUACCCGACUGUUCAAGUCUAUAAUUUCUUGCAGACAGACAUACAUGUGCUUCUGACCGACUGUCAGCCGGAGAAUAUCAGGGAAGAUAACUUUGGCCUCAUCGGAAAGCAGGCAACUAUUUCAAGUGGUUCAAACGCUUAUUUCUAUGUGAAUCCUUCCAUGUUUAACUUUUCAGUCACACUAAUUUCAUAUGGUUCAAAGUCUAAGGCUGCUAAUAGUGGUGAUUGGGUUAAGAGAAUGCAAAAGCAGACAGAUCGAGCUCAAUUCCUUGACUUGGAGCUAGAAUUUAUUCCUGGGAAAUUUCAUUCUUCUUUAAGAUUAUUACGCCAGGAGAAAGGCUUAUUGGAGGUUGCUCUGUUCACUAGAUAUACACUACAAAAUGCCAGUGACUACCCCUUACUGUGCACAUCUUCCCAUAAAAAAUCGCUACCUGUGUCUGAAUUUGGAAAAGACAAUAUUAUUCUACCUCAGAAUGGUUGUGUUUUGCCCUCGAUGUCAAUGAGCUCCUGGUUUACAAAGUCAAGUAAACUGCGAAUAAGCCUACAUGAUAAGGAAGGAUCGGAGGCUUUUAUUGAUCUGGAAGCAUUAUCUGGCUUCACCGAAUUUUUUCUGGAGAUCCACGAUAAUGUAUUGCCUCAUCGGAUAGCAGCUUUUGGCAUGUGUUUACAACCUGUUAAUUAUGGUUUGCCCGUGUCAUCACAAGUUGUAUUAAUCGUUCCGAGAUAUGUUAUUUCAAAUGAGUCUGUUACUGCGGUUGCUGUUCGCCAAUGUUUUGUUCAGGAUGACAUAGAUGGAUUGACAAUUGAAGCUAAACAGAGGGCUACCUUGCAGACAUGGAAACCUGGAAAAAAGAGAGAAGUAAACUACUUUGAUAUGUUUGUUAAGAAGCACAGAAGUGUAUCUGAGGAUUCACACAUUUUUAUCCAGUUUUGUCCAAAAGAAACUGGAUAUAGUUGGUCCGGACCAAUUUGUGUUUCGUCGAUUGGCCUUUUCUUCGUGAAGUUUAGAAGAUCAGAAGGCAUGUUAACAGAUGGGAUUAAAAAAGACACUUUACAAGAUGGGAAGCUGAAACAGUUUGCUUCUGUUGAUGUUGUUCAAGAGAGUACUUCUUUUGUUCUACAUUUCACUAAGCCACCAGAGGUUACACUACCAUAUCGGGUAGAGAAUUUCUUGAAUGAAACAUCUAUCAUGUAUUUUCAGAAGGAUUCAGAUGAAUCAGAUGUAUUACGCCCUCAAGAGUCGGAACAGUAUGCAUGGGAUGACUUAAGUUUACCACGCAAGUUGGUUGUGCGAAUUGUUGAUACACCAGCGUUGCGUGAGAUUAAAAUUGACAAAAUCAGUCCAUGGAAGCCAUUCUUGAAAAUGCGUCAAAAUAGCAGGCUCAAUCUGGAUUUCUCAUUCAGUAAUGGACUCAGUUCAGGAAAACAAGGAUUUGAUGAUUCAUUUGGACUGAGGGUAUUUAAGAUUGGUUAUGAAGUAUAUGCUGAUGGUUUAACAAGAGUUCUAAGGAUAUGUGAAAAUGCAGAGAAUCCCAAAGCUGAGAAAAUUAAACGACCUAUAGCUCAUGCACAGUUCAGAAUUUAUUAUAUGUGUUUUCACGUUCUUGAUAAGAAUCAGAGCGACGAAAAGCUCCAAUCACUCUCUACAAUCUUAACGGCAAGAUUUCAGCAUGUAUCUGCUGAUUCACUUAUCACAGAUAGAUACAAGCAUAUCACUGUUGCAAUUUAUUCAGUAAAUAUAGAUGAGAAAUGGGAAGGAGCUUCGUUUGGGUCGGUUCUCAGGAGAAACCAGCUUCAGGGUGAUACUCUCAGUGAAAAUAUUUUCCGGGUGACCUUUGUACUAAAUCCAACCAAUUCCAAUGUCAAACAAGUCCAUUACUGUUCCAUAAUUCUACAGCCUAUUGAUCUGAAGGUUGAUGAAGGAACAUUAAUGAAGCUUGUACCAUUUUGGAGAACAUCCCUUGCUCCUACUGGUACACCGAGUACACAGUUUUAUUUUAGACAGUUUGAAGUACAUCCAAUUAAGAUCAUCGCAAGCUUUCGUCCAGGAAGUCCACACACAUCUUACAGUUCUGCUCAAGAGGCACUGAGAGCAUUAUUGCAUAGUGUUAUAAAGGUGCCUGAGAUAAGCAACUCAGCUGUGGAGCUCAACGGUGUUCUCCUAAAUCAUGCUCUGGUUACAUUCCGCGAGCUAUUUCUAAAAUGUGCCCAGCAUUAUUCAUGGUACGCCCUGAGGGCAAUCUACAUAUCAAAGGGAAGCUUGUUGCUUCCUCCAUCUUUCGCCUCAAUUUUCGAUGACUCUGCUUCAUCUGUCCUUGAUGUUUUCUUUGAUCCUUCAGAUGGCUCACUGAACCUCCCUGGGCUUACCAUAGGAAUGUUUAAGUUUAUAAGCAAAAACAUGAAAUCGGGUGGCACAAAGCGGUACCUGGGCGAUCUUGGAAAAACUGUUAAAACUGCAAGUUCGAAUGCUCUCUUUGCUGCUGUCACAGAAAUUUCAGAUAGUGUUGUGAGAGGAGCAGAAACAGAUGGUUUAAAUGGCAUGGUUACUGGCUUCCACAAAGGCAUCUUGAGGUUGGCAAUGGAGCCAUCUGUGUUAGGACAGGCUAUAUUGGAGGGUGGUCCAGACAGAAAGAUCAAACUCGAUCAUAGUCCUGGACUUGAUGAGCUAUACAUUGAAGGGUACCUACAAGCCAUGCUGGAUGUCAUGUAUAAACAAGAGUACCUUCGUGUCAGGGUGAUUGAUGAUCAGGUUAUCCUAAAAAAUCUACCACCGAAUAGCGCUCUCAUAAAUGAAAUUGUGGAAAAUGUGAAAAGCUUUCUUGUGAGCAAGGCAUUGUUGAAAGGAGAUGCUUCUACUGUCCGGCAUUUGCGCCAUCUGCGAAAUGAGCCUGAGUGGAGGAUUGCGCCGACGGUGCUCACCCUGUGCGAGCACCUAUUUGUGAGCUUCGCAGUGCGUGUGCUACACCGGGAAGCCACCAAGGCCAUCGCUGAGAUCACGUCCAAAGUGAGGCCGCCCACCGGAGGCGAAGACGGAGGCGAAUCCUCAUCCAGCGGAGGAGCCCUGGCAAAGCGGAGCAGGCUGUGGAAUGUCGGAAGGUUCGCGGCUUCCGGCGUCGUCGCCUACGUCGAUGGCCGGCUGUGCCGCCACAUACCGAACCCCAUCGCCAGGAGGAUCGUGAGCGGGUUCCUCCUGAGCUUCAUCGACAGAAGAGACAACGCAUAGGAAAGCAGGCUGAGCUUUGAUCUGAUGAUCACCACCUUUUGCAAAUAGACUAUGUGUGCUGGUCUAUACGAUCGCUAACCGCAUACCUGACUUUGUAUGGCAAAUUUAGACUUUAGACGCAGGUGUGAGCACAUCUUUGUGCACAAAACACCGGGACAAAUCAAUCCUCUAGGCUUAUGAAAAGGAGGUUGCAGAAUUUGCAGUCAAAUGUCUGAAUGACAUGUGGCCCUAAGACCCACACGUCAGCGUGGCA